GUGGGGUGGAGCCCGCAACGGACAUGUCAUGGUUUGUUCGGGAUAUAGCUAUCCUCUGCUUAAUGCUCGUGGUCGUCGCCAUGCGCAUUCUUUCUCGAGUCAUGGCGAGAAUGCCUUUCUGGUGGGAUGACUGGAUAAAUUUUAUGGCUGCUGGGUUCUGCAUUGGUCUCACUGCAGCUACUUUCGGAGGGAUGAGACCGAAUGGCUAUGGCAAGGAAGUCUGGACUCUUCGUCCGGACCAAAUUACGGAGUUCUUAAAGAGUUAUUACGUCGCAUGCGUUAUGUACCUAGGAGCGAGGUGUCUCACCCGCAUAUCCCUGCUUCUUUUUUAUCUGCGCAUAUUCACCGUCAAAGAAUGUCGCCGCAAGAUUAUCUACACCCUGUGGGCCGAAUGCAUCGUCUCGUUCGCAUACUUCAUCACAACGAUCUUCCAGUGCACGCCGAUCAGCUUCCUCUGGACCAAAUGGGAUCUUGAGCACAGCACCUCUGGUUACUGCGUUGAUAUCUACAACUUCAUGAUAAGUGGCUGGUCUAUUCUUGUUGCUGCUGACUUUUGGGUCCUGUGGCUACCGUUGUCCAUGGUUGCAGGUUUGCAACUCUCCAUGAGGAAAAAGCUGCUUGCCUCGGUCAUGUUCGCAACAGGAAUUGUUGUUACGGCAGUUGGGAUUGUCAAGCUUGCCAAGGUCUACUCUGCCACUCAUACUAAGAAUCCGACGUAUGAGUUGGUGAGCAUGAACAAAUACUGCCAACUAGAGGUCGACCUGGGGGUGAUAUGCGCGUGCAUGCCUAGUCUGCCCGCGCUCUUCCGAUGCGCAUCCGACCGCCUCAAGGGCAAGAGGAAGAGGUCAAUGACUCACACGACAAGGGCAAGCACCAAUGACUCAUGGUUCCACCGCGGUGUCACGGGGGAGACGAAGACCUCCGCUACAACGAGCGCCGCAAGCGACCUCGGGCCACCACUUCACUCCACAGGAUACGCUGUGCAGGAAGAAGAACAUGUUGACCCGCAGCCAGAUCAGAUACAGGCGACCACCACAAUUGCCCAAACGUACUGGCGCAACGAUUCUUUCGAAAUGGCUGGAAACGAUACGGAUACGGAGGGCAGGGGCAUCGGUCAAGGACCCGUGACGGCGCAGGCAUGGGGUGACGGACCUGGACCUGGCUCCCGUGGAGGUCACCAACGAGCUCAAUAA